CUCUCUCUCUCUCUCUCUCUCUCUCUCUCAUGCCUUGAAUAAUUUAUUUAUUCUCCCGAUGAAUUAAUUUCUCUCCCCUUCCCCUUCCCCUUCCACUUCCAUUUCCACCGUCAUCAGUUUGAAGAUGGCAUUAUUACAACCAUUUCUCUCUGAUGCUUGUCUCUCUAAUUCUAAGACUAAGACCCUCCUCCAUUUCUCACAUCCAUACCUCAUCACUAGUCCAAAAACAACAACAACAACAACAUCAUCAUCAUUAGCAACAAUUAGGAAUAGAACACUACUUGUGUCUCUACAACAACAACAACAACCCUUUAUUAGGACUUAUCAUCAUCAAGUAAAGAAACAAUUGAUGAAAAAUUGUCAUGCUGUUGCAGAGAAUAUUGGUGGUGGGUUGUCAGUUGACGAAGAUGAAGGUAGUAGUGUUCUUGUGGGUCCAUCUAGUGAAGAAGAAGAGGUGAGGGGUGAAGAUAAGGUUGUGGCGGACUAUGAUUGGACUGAAGAAUGGUAUCCACUCUAUCUCACCAACAAUGUCCCUGAAGAUGCUCCUUUGGGCCUCACUGUCUUUCACAAGCAGCUUGUAUUGUAUCGUGACGGCAACGGCCAGUUUCGCUGCUAUGAAGAUCGUUGUCCCCAUAGGUUAGCAAAACUCUCUGAAGGCCAGUUGGUGGAUGGAAGGCUGGAAUGCCUGUACCAUGGUUGGCAAUUUGAAGGUGAGGGAAAGUGUGUAAGGAUACCCCAGUUGCCAUCGGAUGCUAAAAUUCCUCGGUCAGCUUGUGUUAAAACAUAUGAAGUGAGAGACUCCCAAGGAGUUGUAUGGGUAUGGAUGUCGCACAAGACCCCCCCAAAUCCAAACAAACUGCCUUGGUUUGAAAACUUUGCCAGGCCAGGGUUCCAAGAUGUUUCUACAACCCAUGAACUUCCUUAUGACCACUCAAUUCUUCUUGAGAAUCUUAUGGACCCAGCGCACAUCCCCAUCUCGCAUGAUAGAACCGAUUGGACUGCAAAAAGGGAAGAUGCCCAACCACUAUUAUUUAAAGUCACUGAAAGGACAGACCGGGGAUUUGCUGGUUGGUGGGGCAGAGAAAAAGAUCAAUCCAUGCCAAACUUCUUACGAUUUGAAGCACCAUGUGUUCUACAGAAUAACCGUGAACUUGUUGACAAGAAUGGGAAGAAAGACUACUUUACAGGCCUCUUCCUUUGUAGACCAUCCGGACAAGGAAAAUCCAUGCUUAUAGUGAGGUUUGGAGGUACAAAAAGAUCCCCCUUAGCGAAAGUGUUUCCAAAAUGGUACUUCCAUCAGAAUGCAAGUAAGGUUUUUGAGCAAGAUAUGGGUUUUCUCUCAUCCCAAAACGAAGUUUUAUUGAAAGAAAAAGUUCCCUUAAAGGAGUUGUACCUUAAUAUAAGGUCCUCGGAUACUUGGGUAGCCGAAUACAGGAAGUGGAUGGACAAAGUCGGGCAUGGGAUGCCCUAUCAUUUCGGGCACAGCACCAUUUCACUGCCUAAAGAGGCUGCUGUUUUAGAACAUGCACCGGCUGGUUUAGUGGCCAACAUUUCAGCUUCUUCGCCGGCCAAGGGAGGAAUCGGAACAAUGCAUGCACCAAAUCUUGCCAACAGAUAUUUCAGGCAUGUAAUCCAUUGCAAGGGAUGCAGAACUGUUGUUAAAGCUUUUCAAGCAUGGAAAACAGCCCUUUCUGCUGUCACUCUUGUAUCCGCUGCAUUGGCAAUUCUAGUGUCUGGAAGGCAGUGGAAGGCCCUUCUUUUGGUUUCAACCACCUUAUGCUUGGCAGGAAUAUAUGUGUGCUCAACUGCAAUUGCAAUGAAUACAACAAACUUCGUAAGGAUUCACAGAAGAUUGUGAAACAAAAAGAAAAGGAAAAUUGUAUGAAAAAAAAGGGGGAGGGGGAGAAUUUAGAAAAAGAGAACAUUUUAUGGUUUGUUGUGUUAUUACUUUAAGGUAGAAAGAAUCGUAGAAUUAUGGAUACGUUUAUGCUAAAUCAUUCAGCUUUUCCAAUGUAGCUCAUGUUAUUGAAAAUCAUUUUAAUGGUUCUGAUUUUUUACACACUUCA